GUCAACUGUCAACUAUUGACCAGAAUUGACUGGCCCCAAAAGCAAGUAGCUUGUCUAAAUUUCCGGCACUUUAACCAUGAACUUGGAGCAAAACUUGACCGAUGCCCUGUCGCAGUCGCCGGAGGGCAAGGCGGAGGAGGCGUGGCCGGCGGACGCCCACCUGCACCAGCCACCGGAGGAGACUCAACUGCUGCUGGCGGAGCGUUCCAGCUGCCUGUCGGUGAAGACCUACCUGGGUAUGUGUGGCCUGCCGAUUGUGGAGCGGAUUAGCAACAAUGCGGAGUUCAUGUCGCCGGGUGGCCGGCUGACCCGCCUGCCGCUCCUCCGUUUGGGCCCGGUCAAAACUGUUGCGGAAUUCGAGCCCAUUGUGGCCCAGGCGGAGGCAAUGCAGGGCGGCCAAGCCCUGGACAGCUGGAUGUCCGAGGAUCAGCGCGACAAUGUCCGUAGUCUGGUCAACUAUGUGGAGAACGUCUUCACGCUGGCCGAGAUCCACAUGAGCUUCGUGGACGAGGUCAACUAUCAACGGUAUACGGCUACGCGCAGUGGGGCCGCUUAUCCGUGGCCCCUGAGCUUUCUCCGCCGGAGGGCCAAGAAGAAGGAGGCGCUGCGCAUACUGAAGGUCUAUCAGUGGGAGGAUCAGAACAACGACCAGGUGCUGCACGAGGUGGGCGUCUGUGCCGACACGCUGAUGGGCCAGAUGGAGCAGAACGAGCCGGAGGAGCACUACUUCUGUGGAUCGCGGCUCUGUGCGCUGGACGCUUUGGUCUUCGGCCAUGUGGCAACCAUUCUGACCACCGCGCUGCCCAAUAUGGAACUGGCCGAGGUCCUGACCGCUUAUCCAUGUCUAUUGGCCCAUUGUUGGCACAUCGACCAGCUGGUGUAUGGGGGCAAAAUCCUGGGCUGCGAGAAGGAGCCGGAGGUGCUGGAGUAACUGAAGUUGCUGGGAGUGGGACAAAUAAAAUUAAAGGAAGACAGGA